CUGAUUUCUAAGAUAAUUCAUGGAUCAGAUACCUUUAUGGGACUGAUAUUUCUAAGUGUGUGAAACGUGGUGAGGCUUGAUUGAUUGGAAAGGGACUGUUGGGCCUUGGAGGAGUUGUUCAUGUUCAUUUUCAUGUUUGCUUUCCCAACAAAUGAGACAGUUUUUCUUCCUGCGCAGAUAGUUUUAGUCGGUGCUGAAGGAUAUUUUCUCUACAUGCAACUAGCACAUGACGACAGAGGAGACGUGUCACUGAGGGGAAGUGAUCAACAGGAAGUAAACGCCACAUUUCACUUUUUACUAAGAACCGAGAAGCAGAAAAGAGAAGGAAGAAGAAUGGAUGAAAUCAAACGGAUUAAAAUGUCUUUACAUCUGCUACUGGUGCUGAUUCCGUUUACAGUGCUCGCUGCCCAAUCUUCCCACAUCAUCGUCAGAGCUGGAGCUGAAGUCACUUUGCCUUGUGACAAUGUGAGAGAUGAUCAUGUGAACUGUGGAGCUACUUCCUGGAUCUUCAGUGAUUCAAAGAGGACUGGAACAGUAAACCUGUUUGUAAACAGGCAGCUCGACACAUCUGUGAUUUCCAAAUCUAAAGCAGACAGACUACGUCUUGCUGCAAACUGUUCUCUGGUUAUUAGGGAGGUCACAGCUGAAGAUGCUGGUCAAUACAACUGCAUACAGUUUGACCUGACAACACAAACACAUGAAGAUCAUCUGGUUUAUCUCUCUGUUGUCAACGUGACUGAGCAGAAGAGAACUGAUGAGGUGACGUUGAGCUGCUCUGUGUCGACAUAUGAAAGGUGUAAACUCACAGUGAAGUGGCUGUAUAUGAAUAUAGAUGUGACUGAAGACAACACUGAACUGAAGACAUCACAGUCUUCCUGCUCGGCCACUGUGAGCUUCUCAAAAUCCCAUUCUGUUCACAAGAUGAAGAACUAUAGCUCAUUAACAUGUAAAGUGAGGGAUCGUUACAAAGAGGAAAAGUUUGCCUUCAUUCCUCCGUCAUCAGAAGGAAAGAACAAACCAGCUCCAGGAAACAAUGAGAUGACAACAGAUUGGUGGUGGUACAUCGCUCUGGCUGUGGGUUUUGCCACAAUCGUAAUAAUGGUUGUGAUUCUCAUCAGAUGGAGAAGAAACAAAGACACACAAAUAAACGCAGAUGAAAACAUAACCUUCUCGGCAGAGGAAACGAAAGGUUUUGAUGAACCUGAUUCUUCCCUCUGCGAGGCUAACUCUUCUGUUCCUGUCGACUCAGGGAACAAAACACAGACGGAUAAAAACACGGUUGACCCUGCAGAUGAUGUGGCCUACGCCUCCAUCAGCCACUCCCCUUACAGCGUGGUCCAGUUCCAGGGUGGUGAUGAUGCAGUGAUCUACAGCACUGUGACAGCUCCCUCCUCUUCUACUGGACCCUCAGCUGAUCCCAGCAGCCUCUAUGCCAACGUCACAAUCAUACAAUAGUAGAGUUACAUUUGACAUCGAUAUAUUUAUAUUAGGAAUCAUUUGUUACAACUUUCUGCUGUGAAAACAAAGUCACUCGUAAUAAUGUGAUUCUCAUUAGAUAGAAAAGAAACAAAGGUGGGAACAUUCCCAGAGGAAACUGUGAUUUAGUUUAAACCACUGCCAAGGCCCGACAGUCUGUAAAGUUUGAUAUAAAAAGUCACUUUUAUCGUUUGGACUGGAUUUAACCAGUUUUCAGCCAUUUUAUUGAUUCUUGAAGUUUGUCGUCCAAAAGCUGGAAUAUUUUAUACUGUAUCUUCAUGUUCUUCUGAUCCAGCUGUUAUUCUUAUACAUUACAAUGGUGACGUGUUAUUUGUAAGAUGAUAUAAUAUGAAUGAUUGUAUAUGAACCAAUGUGUUGUAAAAAACGUUUUACCCAGAGUGCCAGAAGGGGGAGCUGUACGUUAAGUUACUGCUGCAAUGUUUAAGUAAUAAUAAUAAUCAUAAGAUGGUAUAUCUUCAUAUAGAUAUCGUACGUUUAGCUUAAUGAACCGGCUGUUAUAGACAUGUCAGUGUUUUAUGCUGUGAUGUAGAUACUGCAGGUUGAUACUUCCAGGUUUGAGUUGAGUGACUUUUUAAAUGAUGUUGAUUUACAUGCAACAAGAUGAACCUUCCCCACCUCAGUCAAUAUCAGUAUUUAUAACAAUAUUUAGUGCUUUUAUUAAAAGGGAUUCUCUGUUUGUAUCUUGUCAGGUGUUUGCAUAGACUUUGUUUUGCAUCAAAUUAUUUUAUCCUAUAAAUCAAUUCAAAUCCA